AUUUUUUUUCUUUUUUCUUUUGAGACAAAAUCUUGCUAAGUUGUCCAGGCUGGCCUUGAAUUUGCAAUCCUCCUGCCUCAGCCUCCUGAGUAGCUGGAGCAUGUACCACCUUGUCUAGCCAUGAUUUGUUUUAAUGGGUGCCUCAUGAGCACCUACUUUAGGUUCAGAAUGGUCAAAUAGAGCCAGAAAAGUCCUUUAUCUUGAGAAAUACACAUCUUAAGACAAUAGCAAGAAACACUUUUAUUUGGCUCUUGGUAAUAUAUUUGACCAAAGUCUUUGGGAUCUUGGUUUAAUUUGGGUUGUACAUCACCUUUGAGUGGAUGUUUGGUCCUGACCUAAUGACAUUUUACCAAGAUCAGGAACUGGCUUCAAAGGUGGAUCUGAAGCUUGAUAUCCAGGGACUUGGAGGCUAUUUGUUCAAUAACUAAGGGACAGGCACUAUACUAGGCCUGACAUCAGAGUUAACAAAUUCAUGGGAGAGAUAUAUAGAAAAGAGGCACUUUUGAUACACCCAAGAGUGCUAUAAUAAGGGAAGUGUAGGUUCUUUGGAGGACAGAAAUAUCCCCAACCUGGACUUGUGGACUUUGGGAUGGCUUCUCAGAGGAAGUUACCGCCUCACCUAGAAUUAGAUAAAGACAUAAGGGACCAAGUUUCAGAGCUUUCUUGAGUUUGAGAAUGUUAAUAUGAUUGAAAGAGUGCCUAGGUAGAUAGGGAGCAGACAAUAUAGUGAGAAAUGAAGCAGGAAAGGUAAGCAGAGGUCAGAAUCAUAUAAAUUUAGGAUUAGACCAGAGGUGGGGUUGGCUGGAUAGAGGAUGGAAAAAAGAUUGGCAAACUUUCUGUAAAGGACAAGAUAAUAAAUAAAUAUUUAGGUUCUGCGGGUCUCUAUCACAACUGCUUUAUACAACUGUGGUUGGGACAGCUAUAUACAGUAUGAAAAUGAAUGAAUAUAGCUGUGUUCCAAUAUAACUUUAUUUGUAAAAACAGGUGGCAGCUGGAUUUAGCCCAAGGACCGCAGUUUGCUGAUCCCUGGAUCAGGCUUAAGAACAGUGAGAAGCUAUUAAAAAGUUAUAAGCAGAUGGGUGUGGUGGUACACUCCUGUAAUCCCAGAAUUAGGAAGCUGAGGCAGAAGGAUUUCAAGUUGGAGACCAGCCUGGGCUACCUAGUGAGACUCAGUCUCAAAAAAAAAAAAAGUUGUAAGCCAUAGAUUGACGUUAGAUUUGUGUUGUAAAAAGUUUGCUUUGAUGUCAGUGUAAAGAAUGGAUUAAAUGGAACAGAUAUACUGUAAGCCUAGAGACCAGUAAGAAGGCUGUGGCAGUUAUAUGGAUAACAUUUUUAUAUUUCGUCAUUGUGGGACUAUUUUGUUCCUUAAAAACUAUAAGACUAGCGGAAUGGCUCAAGUGAUAGAGUGCCUGCCUAGCAUGCAUGAGGCCCUGAGUUCAAACCCCAGUAUGGCAAAAAAACAAAUAACAAAAAACCUAAGUAUAAUUGAAUCUUUGCAUAUGUAUGUAUAUUGUUGGAAAUACCAUCAUGUGUUUCACAGCCUGGAAAAGAUAAAGGAAGGGAAAGUUAGUGUAGACUGAAUUAAAAAGUUUUGGGAACUAUUUUCUAUUGGAAGAACUAUGGAAUAAAUGGAGCUUUGGGAGGGAUCUUGAUUUUAGGGCUCAUAGGUUAAUGUCAUUUGCUGUGAACUUCUUGAACUGUAUACACACAGAAACUGACCCAUUUUCCUAAGCUUUCUCGGGAAUUGUCCUCAUUCUAUAUAUGUCCUACUUAGUCUCUCCUUUCCUUGCUUGUAGCAAGCAGACUGAUGACCUUUGCCUGAUUUUGGAAAUGUCUCCCGUUUUAGGAUUGAAUUUUUCAGGAAGAACUACCUUCAGUUUCUUGACUUAAGAUGAAUUUGGUUACUAGAAGUAAGGGAAAUGUGGAACCCAGUGACUGCUGACAUAUAGAGGACUGGCUUCUUCAUAUGUAUUCUUGACUUCUUACAGGAGACCCUUUUGAUGUGGGUGAAAUCAGUUUUAGAUGCUUCUGGAUGUUCAAUGCUAGCACCUUUACAGACUGGAGCAGCUCGAUUUUCUUCGUAUUUACUUUCAAGAGCAAGAAAAGUGCUGGGCUCCCACUUAUUUUCUCCCUGUGGUGUUCCGGAGUUCUGCUCCAUAUCCACCAGAAAGCUGGCGGCCCACGGCUUUGGCGCAUCCAUGGCAGCAAUGGUGUCCUUCCCUCCCCAGAGGUAUCACUACUUUUUAGUGCUGGACUUUGAGGCCACGUGCGACAAGCCACAGAUUCAUCCUCAGGAAAUCAUCGAGUUCCCUAUCCUGAAGCUAAAUGGCCGGACCAUGGAGAUUGAAUCUACUUUUCAUAUGUAUGUCCAGCCUGUAGUCCAUCCACAGCUUACCCCCUUCUGUACAGAGCUCACCGGGAUUAUUCAAGCCAUGGUGGAUGGUCAGCCAAGCCUGCAGCAAGUGCUUGAGAGGGUCGAUGAGUGGAUGGCGAAGGAAGGCCUCUUAGAUCCAAACGUCAAGUCAAUUUUUGUCACCUGUGGAGACUGGGACUUAAAAGUCAUGCUCCCAGGCCAGUGCCAGUACUUGGGCUUACCAGUGGCAGAUUACUUCAAGCAGUGGAUUAAUCUGAAAAAGGCUUACAGCUUCGCCAUGGGCUGCUGGCCCAAGAAUGGACUUCUAGACAUGAACAAGGGCCUCAGCCUGCAACACAUAGGCCGGCCCCACAGCGGCAUUGGUCAGUCCCUUCACAAAUUCCCUUGGCAGCUCGGUCAGUCCCCUGCCCCCAUGCCCCAGGCCCUUGGCUCACAGAGGGUUUCUGUGGCUCAUUCAAUACCCCACCAGGGUUGGGACAUAGCUGGGGGGAAAAGGGAAGGAAGGAUGGAGUUGAGGGGGUUAUAGAACAGGACCAUUGGAAAGAACCUCUUAAAAAAACGUUUCAGAGGAGGCUGGGGAAUGAGGUAUGGGUGAGUCAUAGGUGGCCUUGGAUUCAAGCCAAGGUCCUCUACCCCAUUGUCCACAUCCCUAGUGGACAAUGUCUUUAGGGAUGUGGGCCCAUGUCAGCUUACACCCCCUCCCCACCCUACCCCUAUGAAGCUAGAAGAGGCUGUUUAAUAUUGUUUCAAGUCUGUGGCCACUAAACUGGACGAUCAAUGGGAGUUAAGGAGAUGAAUUAUUUAAACCUUACCAGCUUUUAAUUAGUAGAGGUCCUUCUGACCGAUGGCUUCGUCCACAGGGUAUUGACUCUCCUGCAGGAGCAGCAGGCCUCCAUUGAGCAGUGUCUGGGUUGGGAGGAGCCACUUGGGGUACUAGAUGGGGCUAUACCCUAAGGGGGAAUCCUGCUUAGGGGAGACUGGAGUGGCCGUGAUUCCAGGGAGUUGAAGGCUCUGUGAGCUUCUGAUACAUCAGUAUGAAUAUGUGUCUGUGUGCAUCAUUGUAUCUGCCUGUGUGUGACACCUUUAGCUGUACUUCUCUGUGUGUGUUAGUAUUAUUUUGCAUGUCUAUUUGAGUUGUGUGUGUGUGUGUGCGUAACAACACAUGCAUAUUUUUCUGAGGGCGUAUGUCCGAUUAUGAAAGCAACCAUCAGUUUGUGUAUGUAUCUCUCUGAAAGAGUGCCUGUUUGUUUCUGUGUAUCUUAUUUUGGAGCAUAUGCAUAUGUGUGCAUGCAAAUGCUUUUAAGCAGUAUACUUGACUAGGUAUAGGCUUUGUUUCAAGUGGGGAGGGGAGGAGUCAGGGUGUUCCUAGGUGACACUAUGACCUUGUCACAACUUGAUCAUUUGGGGGAAGGUAUCAUUGGGGGGCAGGAGAGAGAUACCAGAAGAAUAGAAGGUCCCAGGCACCUGCUACACACUAUCCCCAUCAUCCAUUCCACAUUUAUUGGUGCGUAGUGGGUACUGAACAUGCUGAGGAAUUCUGUCCUCAAGGAGCUCACAUCCUGAGAAGAGACAGAGACCAAAAUAGGUACUUGCCAUCUGAGGUACUAAAGACUGAUAAAAACACCCGAAUUACCCCAAAGGAGUUUGUUAGACAGUAAAAUGAAGGAGAAGGGUAUUUUGGGUUGGAAUAAUGUGUAUGCAAAGGCCUGGGGGCACAAGAAAGCCAGCAUACUGAGAGGACAAGUUUAGACAUCUACAAGUAGUUUUUUGAUAGUGGAGUAGAAAAUUUGAGCUAAAGAACAAGUAGAAAAUAAACAGGACUUUGUCAGAUUAAAAGGUAUGAUUUUUUUUUUUUUCAAGAUCUUGAGCUCAAUCCCCAGUACCACCACCAAAAAGAAACGAGAUGGGGGAGGUGGGUGAUUCCUGCCUUCUGAGGUUUAGUGGCGACAUAGAAGGUUUAUGAGUGAAAGAAUGAUAUGAGGCUGGGAACUGUGACUCACAAGUCUAAUCCUACCUACUUGUGAGGUGGAGAUUGGGAGGAUCCCAGUUUGAAGCCAGCCUAUGCAAAAAAUUCAUAAUACCCCAUCUCAGCCAAUAAAAAUCUGGACACAGUGGUACAUGC